AAACCAAAAAACCUCAACUCGUUUCUAUUCCUGGGCCUGCACCAUCUCUCGGCGAUCCAAAAGGAGGGCCUCAAGAUAUGGGAUGCGUCCACUAAUCGUUUCUUUAUGUCAAUGCCAUUCCUAGCGCUCAUAACCGCUGAUGGUCCCGCAAUGGCAUACCUCAAUGGACCCGUUGGUCAUAAUGGCAAGCAUAGUUGCAGGCUCUACUGUGGAACUUGGACCCUUCGCGCUGCUCUCUGCAAAAAAUAA